UCGCACGUCCUGGAGAGGGGGGGCCGGGGGGGGCGGGGAGGGGAUCCGGGUGUUUCUCGCUCCUGUCCGGUUUGAGGAAUGCGGCGGACGCACGGAGGAGAGUGACACCAGCCGACGGUAGCGAGGAGAGGAGGCGAGCUGCAGCGGAGCGCAGAGAUUGACUCGUCUUUUCCCACCUUGACCUUUGAACCCCCACAUCUUCAGCCAUGCCGAACCGAUCUCAGAGUUCAUCGAUUGGGGAAAACCCUCUCGACCCAAACUACCUGCCCCCGCAUUACCGGGAAGAGUACCGGCUUGCUAUUGACGCUCUGAUAGAAAACGACAUCCAGGGCUACCAUGAAUUCCUCAAGGGUGCAGACGUCGUCAGCUUCCUGGCAGACCCGGAAAUCGACUACAUCAAGUCCACGAUCCAGAUGCCCACCCAGACCUCCAACGUCCCCGAGCUGACGUACCAUGAGGGAGGUUUUGAUGCAGACGGCUCCUCCGACACCUACUGGCCGAUGCAGUCUGACGUGCCCGCCCCGGGCCUGGACCUGGGCUGGCCGAUGGCCCAGCACAGCUUUGCUGGGCCCACAGAGGUCACGACUCUGGUCAACCCCUCUGAUCCCGACAUGCCCAGCAUCAAGGAGCAGGCCAGGAGGCUCAUCAAGAGUGCACGUCAAGUCAUUGCCUUGGUGAUGGACAUAUUCACAGACGUUGAUAUUUUUGCCGACCUCUUGGAUGCGGCCGCACGCCACGUUCCCGUUUACAUCUUGCUGGACGAGAAGGAAGUUCAUCACUUCAUCUCUAUGGUCAUCAACUGUAGAGUCAACUUGGAGUUAGUUCAGAUGAUGCGCGUGAGGACUGUAGCAGGAAUAACCUAUUACUCGCGGACCGGGAAAUCAUUCAAGGGUCAAGUCAAAGAUCGUUUCCUCCUGUCUGACUGCAGAGCCGUGCUCAGUGGGAACUACAGCUUCAUGUGGUCUUAUGAGAAGAUCCACCGCUGCAUCGCUCACCUCUUCCUCGGGGAGCUGGUUGCCACCUUCGACGAGGAGUUUCGCAUACUUUUCGCUCAGUCAGAGCCUCUGGUCAUCGAUCCAUCCAGUGGAGCACUGGUUUCCUCUGACAACACCGGCGGUUUCUUGGGCCCCCAGUUUGGCUUGAAGAGGACUCAGUCUUUGCGAAACCCCAUAGGUUACAGAAGGCCAGAGAUUACCCCUGCUUUCCCCUUUGGAGACCCCGAUCGCAACUCGGCGCUUCCCUUCCGGAGGAGUGACCCAUUCCGUCACACCAUUGAACCCGGAGCGGGAAUUACAAUUGGGAAGUAUUCGCAGCAACAGUUUCGUUUGCAGCAGUCGUUCUUCGAACAGGGGAGGUCCAUCGUAUCCAGGCAGAUGGAGAUGAGCGGCUACAAGAGGCACAGCUAUGCAGAGGGAACGCAGGAAAGCUACUCAUCCUCGAGGCAAUACAUGAAACACAGGGUCAUGAACAAUCUGGACGAGACAGACUUUCAAAGGGAACAAAUUCAAAGUAGCCAUUUCUACACUGAAGGGCCGGGACCAGGCUCUGGCCAUGGGCACUACGACAGGCUUCGAGGGCGUCCACACCUCGCCAUAGACCAGUAUUCAGAGUCAAGCUUCCGCUCAGAUCAGGAGACCCCUGGAAGCUUUGGCAGAGACUACUUUUCGUCUGAAGACCUGAGAGGAUCUGAAGGGCACCACGGACCUCCGGUGGCUGGAAGAUAUGGAGGAGGAGCUUCACAAAAGAGACCAACCAUAGGACAGGCGUAUGCCUGCCAGAACUCACCCACACAACUUCACCCACCAGAGAGGAAGUACUUCCACAAGCAAUCUGAUCAAGAACAGGAUGAAGAUCCAAGUGUAAAGCAAGGCCUGCGGAACUGGAGAAUCCACUCGUAUCUCAGCACUUAUGAGGACGGUGCAGAGGAAGGCUUGAAUCAACCGAUAGGGCCUGAUGCAUUCGAUGAUCCUUCAGCACCUCAGCAACCAGCUGCAGCUGAGAGUUCAGUUCCACGUUUUGGAGGGAAGGAGCCACAAAUUGCUUCGUCCAAACCCAGACCAGAUAUUUUGAAACCACGCUUUGGGAAACCCCAGUUACCUGAAACCAGCAAUAAAGAUUCUGUCCUGCCAACAGCCAAGGGUCUGCUGCCCUCACUCAGUGACUUGAGGCCAUCUGCACUUGAUAAACGGGAAAGGGAACUGGAAAAAGAGAGAGAGACAGAAAAGGCUGCAACAAAGGAAGAGGAAGAGGACAGUAAAGAAACCACAGAUCGCUUUCUGUCCAAACACGAAUCGUUUCGCUCACGUGUCAACCCACUCCUUCAACGUAGCUCCCGUUUACGUUCGUCUCUAAUCUUCGCGUCCUCCAAGGAGAUACACAACAGCAGCGUAGCCCUCAAACCAGCCACAGAGGAGGAUGACGAGUUAGACAAAGUACGAACCUCCUCAAUUGUGACUCAGAUCCUUGAAAAGAGGAAGCUAAAGACUCGAGAGCCUUUUGACUGGCGAAAGAAAGACGAGGAGAAAGACAAAACAGAAGACAAAGAAACCGAGAAAGAAGAAAAGGAGACUAAGGAAGAGGUGAAGCAACAAGAGACAAAGGUAAAAGAAAUGCAGCUUAAAUAUGAGAGCAAAGCAAAAGAGCUUCAAAAGCCCCAUGAAGAAGUAAAGUCAAAGCCAACUGUGGAGAAAUCUGAAGUCCCCGAACCAAAGUCUUUGAAUAUGAAUGAUCCAGCAAAUCGACUGCAGUAUUUCAAAGACCUCGCUGCAAGAAGACAUGCCUCAAGAAUGGAGACAGAGUUAUCCACAAAAGUCCCAGAGCCAGAUGAAAAAAAGCCUGAUCUUUCUCAAAAGCCCCCGAUCAACACCUCUACAGCUCCAAAGACCAGUACUGCAAGUUCAGAAGAACAUGCUCCAAAAAAGUCAGAGAUCUCAAACAAACUGGCAGAGCUCACUCGUAAAGCUUCAUUUAGUUCAGGUAAGGCUUCAAUAGUCACUGCCAGGCCAUUUUUGACCUCCACGAAGUCUUCAGACGCUUCGCCACCUCAAAAAGAGGAGAGCACAUCGGAGAGCCAAAAGAAAGAUGUACUCAAGUCUUUAAAGCCUGUUCCUUCACCGAAGCUCUUCAGAAGAGACCCGGUGAAACUGAGGCCGCUGAACCCUCGCCGCAUCUCCUGCGACGAAGAGAUUCUGACCACCGACGCCACAGACGCAGAGAAGAGCGAACUGAAGAAGAGUCGUUCUUUGUCUUCAUCGACUUUGUUACACGACGAGGGUAGAGAAGGACUCCGAAAGGUGAUGGGGUCUAACACAUCCAUCAACACUAUCGGUGAAGGAAAGGGUGACGGCAAAACGCUGGAGUUUCUGAAGAAGCAGACUCAGAGGCUGAAGGGAUUCUUAGGGCCCAAAGACAAGGACAGGAAAGCCUCUGUCGAUGGAGGCAUGAGCACAGUCGUGGAGGUCUCUGCCGAUUCAAGCAAAAAACCGAGCUCCACAGCGGGAGAAGUGGCACCCACCGCUGCCGAUCCAACCACGACCAACCACAAAACGUCCGUCACAAACCGGUACCAGCCCCAGGGCAGCUCCGUUUUGUUCAGCAGCAACUUACGAGAUGACACCAAAGUCAUUCUGGGGCAAAUCUCAGCAAACAGCCAGAAGAACCGUCAGGAGCGAGAAGAAACGGGAGGCGACAAAGAAAGCACGGCGGGAAGCCAGGACAAACAGAACUCCUUGAAAAGGAAUCGAUUCCUCCGACCAGCGGGCAAUCUCCAGGAGCGGGAGGGAUUACUGAAGAGGAUAGAGAGCCUGAGGAAGGAGAAGAAGGUCUACAGUCGCUUUGAGAUGGGGAAUAAUCUGGGAUAAAGAAAGACGGAGCAGCGACCUUUUAUUUGGAAACUCUUAAUGCGAGAUGAUCAAAUGCACCCACUGCCCACAUGUGCCAACAGCAUAAUCGGACCCACCGCGGCAGUCGUUUCUGGAUUUUUGCAAGAAGUGAUGAAACUUGAAAAGACAAUUUAAAUAUACAUAUAUAUAUAUAUAUAUAAAAUACUGAAAAUAAACUAAAGUGAUUGAGUUUGGAAUGUGCCUGUUCGCCAAGACCUGGUACUGCUUUUUUUUCCUUUUAUGGUGACUGAGAGCAACAACAGCGAAUCCACUUGCAUGCUGGCUGCACGGGCUAAUGUUUCACCGAUGGCAGGGCAAAUCACCUGAAAUGAAAACUUGUACCAACGUGACUGAGGGAUUUGGAGAGAAAGACGUGUGCGCACUGCAGCUGGGGGAAGAGGAAUUGAUGCCAGUUGCAAAACUUGGUAGCACAGAGCCGCGUGUGUAGAUGAGAGUGUUUCUGUAAAUGUUGAUUUAGCUGGGAAACUGAAUUGAAGAAAGCGUCCUUAUGGAUUUUUUUUUUUUUUAUGUGUUGUUGAUAUCGGGGAAUGAUUUAAGUGAAAGGGUUAUUACUAUCCUACAAUAAUUGGCGCGAAAGAGAGAGAAUUAUGAGGAGUAGAGUGAAAUGAAGGGCGAAUGAAAGGUGAAUGUUCAAAGUAAAUCUAUAGGAUUAUAAGGAAUGAAGAAUUGGAAUCAGAAAGUUAGGAGAUGUGUUGUCUAAUCUCUGGUGUUUGUGUUGAAGCAGCAGCAUGACAGCUUCGAGAGAAUGCAAAAGCGGUUUUGAGCCAAUUCCUCAAAAGAACGAAAUGUACUUUUCCCUCAAGGCGUGGACCAACUUCUUCGUGUCGUCUGAGUGGCUUGUGACAAGUCUGUGUUUUAAAGUUAAUAAAGAAAUAAAAAAGCAUUUAGAGUUCUCCUUAAAUACAGUUGAAUAGGAAGUCUUACACUGCCCUUUUGCUUUCCCAAACUUUAAUUACACAUGACCUGUUCAGAUGUUAAAGGACAGAUAUAUAAAGCAGAGGUGGAGCAGUGCCAUGCCUCCUUACGUAAGCCACUUCAUUUGGAAGAGCUACGCCCUACGCUGGACUCCAGACUCCUUUGUUGGUCGAUAAGCAUUAUAAAACCAAAGACUUUUUCUACGCUACAGAUCUCACACUGCUUGACAGCUUGGCUUCAAAAUACAUUGUUUUUUUAGUGUUCAUUUGCAGAGUCCGUCAGAAAAAAAAAAUCGGUGCUCUCUCGUUAACACUUCAGGGGUUGCAUUGUUUUCUAUGCAGGAAUAUAUUGUAUAUAUUUAUAUUAAAAAAAAGUGGGGGGGGCUUGUUGAUAUUUUUAUUAACAAAUUAGAUUGUGAUUUAACUCGUGGCUCUUUACAGGUGUCGUCUUUUUUUCCCCCAUGUGCCUUGUGUUUGUAAUUAUUAAAACGUGAGUGUGAAAUCUUGGCUGUAAAAUCCAAAUGGCAUUAAUUAGGAUGGAUCAGAUGCACAGGGUCAUUGUUGUUCAACAUCAGAUAGUAUUACAUUGUAUUUGAGAUACUGCAGGAAACAACGACGAACUUUUAUUAAAUCUCUUUCAAACUGAA